GCUAUGAGUGGCUGCAUGUAGUUAACCUGCACGACGUCACUAGCCGCCCUCGGGUCAACCCAUUCAUCACUCAUCGUUCGUUCAUUGAGCUCUCAAUCUCCUUCCAAGUCCCUCAAUUCCAUCAAUUGACCACGACCACCACCGCCAUUCUGGCCACCACCUAGCACUUCCUCCUCCUCAUCGCCCACAGCACCAAUAUUACAUCCCAAUUGACACCAACCAACCAACCAACCAACCCCAACCAUGGUCUCAACCCGCCAUCACCCCGACGACUUCCCACCACCUCCAACGUCCCCAACCCCAAACACCAACACCAAUAUUAACGGCAGCAGCAGCAGCAGCGGCAACACCCCCAAAAAAUGGGUCCAUACCCCCUCCACCCCGAUCACGCUCUGGCUCCUCUUCUCCGUGCCCCUCGUCCUCUGGGACGCGGGCUACGUCCUCCUCCGCCCGCACUCCAUGCCGGGCCACAGCCUGCACUCACCGCUGUGGACCCCCUACGCGCUUUACGGCACGAUCGACUACAUCUACGGCUGGCCGGCCUUCAACGCCCGCAACGGCUUCACCGCCGCGCAGACCGUGCUGAACCUGUUCGAGAGCGCCGGCUACCUCUACUACCUGGCCGUCGUCUACCGCUACGGCACUAGCCUGACCGCCAACGGCCGCGGCGGCCAGCGCCACCCGCACAAGGGCGUGGAGUGGUUCCUGCGCGAGACGAAGGUGGUGGCGGGGCGGACGGGCGCACUGGCGUUGCUGGUCGCGUACAGUGCUUCGGUGAUGACGCUGGGGAAGACGGUUCUUUAUUGGUUGAACGAGGUGUUCUCCGGGUUUGAGAACAUCGGACACAAUGAUUUCUGGACGUUGGUCUUCUUCUGGAUUAUCCCGAAUGGUCUGUGGAUUGUCUUCCCCAGCUAUAAUAUCUAUAUUCUUGGAGCGGAGAUCAUGGCAGCGUUGGAGACCUCGGUCCCGCGGCAACGGGUCGGGCGACCCAAGUCGUCGUAGGUCCGGUUGGUCCAGUUGGAUGUGGCUCCCAUACAUUCAAUGGUUUCAGCUUAGAUUGGGACUGUCUGGGGGUGGGAUAUGUGACGGGGAGGACGUGUGUAAGCAGGUCUAGUAUGGCAUCAUUCACAUCAUCCCUUAGCGAUUCCUAUAUAAAGAUUCCAAGUGAUAAUUCCUGAAAGCUCAAAGGGCCUAGAUCUCCACAAGUUCCUAUAAAUGUGUUAGUGUUUCCCUAGGAGAAGAGCCGCCCCAGAUCUUAUCAUCACGCUUGAAUCGUACUCUG